AUGUUCAAUGCCUUGAACGGUAUGGGUGGUGCAGGUCAGUCUGAUCCCAAAACUACCAAUGAUGCAAACACUGCCUUAGCAGUUACCUUUACUGUUUGUUCCUUAAUUGGUGCCCCUGUUUUCAAUAUCUUUGGUCAUCGUAUUCUUGUUCCUGCUGCACUUGCCUAUCUUCUCUAUGUGGGUUCUUACCUUACAACAAACGCUGCAUUCACAAUUGCUACUGGUGCCAUUCUUGGUAUCGGUGCCGGUUUCUUAUGGACAGCUCAAGCCGGUAUCAUGAUGUCUUAUCCUGACGAAAAAGAUAAGGGUAAAGCCUUUUCGAUCUUUUGGAUGGUUUUUAAUUUAGGCGCCACUGUUGGUGCUGCCAUUCCAUUGGGUAACAACUUUACCAACGAUGAUGGUGCAAACACUGUCAAGAUUGGCACUUACAUUGGUUUCAUGUGUAUCAUGGGUUUUGGUGCCUUCCUCUCUUUAGCUCUCUUACCCGCACACAAAGUCAUUCGCUCCAAUGGUUCUCCUGUAUCCCUUCAUAAAUUCUCCAACUGGAAACGAGAGGCUGCCGAAAUCUUCAAGUUAUUUCUGGACUGGAAAAUGAUUUGUUUAAUCCCUCUGUUUGCUGGUUCAAACUGGUUUUACACCUAUCAAUUUCAAGUUUAUAACGGUGGUGGCUAUUUCACGCUUCGUGCUCGUUCUUUAAAUAAUUUAUUGUACUGGCUUUUCCAAAUUAUUGGCGCUGGUGUCUUUGGUUGGUUGCUCGAUUGGGCUAAACUCGGAAAUCGUAAAACGCGUGCUAUUCUCGCCAAUACCUUUAUUUUAGCUGUCUUGUGUGCUUCUUGGAUUGGUUGUAUCUUUGUCCAAAGAAACUUUACCUACGAUAGUGUCAAGGUCAAGGGUUAUGUCCAAGAAGAUAUCUAUUCUCCCAAUUAUGCUGGUUAUGUCAUCCUCUACGCUGUCUUUGGUUUCGUUGAUGCUAUCUAUCAAGGCUUUAUUUACUGGUUGCUUGGUACAAUGACAAAUGACACCGAACGUGCUUCCAGAUACGGUGGAUUCUAUAAGACCAUCCAAAAUGCCUUUGCAGCUGUUUCAUCUCAAGUGGAUGCAGUGCAUACACCUUUUAUGACACAAGUUUAUAUUAACUUUGCAUUGGAAGGUGUGGGACUUCUCUUGACCUAUAUUGUUUGUUUCAAGGUGACAGAUGUCACGGUGGAACAGGUGGAUAACUUGAUUGAUGGUCAUACUCCCGAAGUCAUGGUCGGUGGUCAAAUCGAAACCAUUGAAGAUGGUGGAAGUAUGGAAAAGAACAAUUAUACUAUUUCUCAUUCCUCUUAA